UGCUGUCGGGCCUGCGCGGCGGCAGCGCCCGGUACCGGGAUGUCUGGGCCGGGCCCCGCCGGGGGCAAGCUCGACAUCAACCGCGCCGGCGUGGCCGAGCUGGAGGGUGCCCUCAGCGGUAUCGGCCGCCGCCGUGCCCGCGGUAUCGUCCGCAAGAGAGAGGAGCUGAAGGGCUUCACUUGCUUGGAUGACCUGCUGCAUGUCAAGGGCAUUACCACACGCAUCCUGGAGCUCAACAGCCAGCGCAUGACGUGCCGGCGGUGCCCGGGCCCUGAAAGGCUCCCACGGGCCAGCCCCACUCCCUUGGGGGACAAUGAGGACCACAGGGCACCUGAAGCACAGGUGGUGGCUGAAGAGGAGGAGGAGGAGGAAGCGCCGGGGCCCUGGGAGCCAGAGCGCCCCUGGAAGGGUACCUCCAGGUCCAGAGCAGACCCUGAUGGUUCUGGGGGGCAGGGACCACAGGAGCACCCCAGGUCCACCAGGGAGCAAGAGGAGGAGGAGGAGGAAGAGGAGGAGGAGGAGGAGGAGGAAGAAGGGAGCUGCUGCAGUGAGGAGGGGGAAGACGGCAGCAAUGUAUACCUGUACUACACUCUGGGAGAGCGCUGGAUCGACUACCUUCAGCGCACUGGGGAUGGGGGGCUGCUGCGGCACCUGCGCCCCAAGAUGAAGCGGAAGUCAGAGAAUGGGCCAGAUGGCCGGGCCUUGUCCCCCGGAAAGAAGCUGUGCAAGGGCUCUGACUAUGGCAGGACACUGGGUCCCUGUACACCCAGCCCCACGACCACCUUUGGGGAACUGCGCAAUGCCAAGGUGGGGCAGGCCCGGCGCUGUCGCAUCCCCUCAGUGGCCCCCCCUCCUGAGCUACAGGACUGGCUCCGCACCUUCCAGCGCUGGAGUGGCCCUGAGAAGCUGCUGGCCCUUGAUGAGCUCAUUGACCGCUGCGAGCCGGCACAGAUCAAGUACAUGAUGCAGGUCAUCGAGCCCCAAUUCCAGCGGGACUUCAUCUCACUGCUGCCCAAGGAACUGGCCUUGUACGUCUUGUCUUUCCUGGAGCCACGGGACCUGCUCCGUGCUGCCCAGACUUGUCGCUACUGGAGGGUCCUGGCCGAGGACAACCUGCUCUGGAGGGAGAAGUGCCGCGAGGAAGGGAUUGAGGAGCCCCUGCACCUGCGGAAGCGACGCCUGCUCAGCCCAGGAUUCAUGUACAGCCCCUGGAAAUUUGCCUUCCUGCGCCAGCACCGCAUCGACAUGAACUGGCGUAGUGGGGAGCUGCGGCCCCCCAAGGUACUGAAGGGCCACGAUGACCAUGUGAUCACCUGCCUGCAGUUCUGUGGGAAUCGCAUAGUAAGCGGCUCUGAUGACAACACACUCAAAGUGUGGUCAGCUGUCACUGGGGAGUGUGUGCAGACGCUGGUGGGCCACACUGGGGGGGUUUGGUCCUCCCAGAUGAGGGACAGUGUUGUCAUCAGCGGGUCCACUGACCGCACACUCAAGGUGUGGAACGCUGACAGCGGUGAGUGCGUGCACACGCUGUAUGGACACACCUCUACUGUGCGCUGCAUGCACCUGCACGGCAACAGGGUGGUGAGUGGCUCCCGGGAUGCCACACUGCGGCUCUGGGACAUUGAGACAGGGCAGUGCCUGCACGUGCUGAUGGGCCACGUGGCAGCUGUACGCUGUGUCCAGUACGAUGGCAACAAGGUGGUCAGCGGUGCCUAUGACUACACAGUCAAGGUGUGGGACCCCGAGAGCGAGAGCUGCACCCACACACUGCAGGGGCACACCAACCGUGUCUACUCACUGCAGUUUGAUGGGACACAUAUCGUGAGUGGGUCCCUGGACACAUCAAUCCGCGUGUGGGAUGUGGAGAGUGGGAACUGCCUGCACACGCUCAUGGGGCACCAGUCACUCACCAGCGGGAUGGAGCUGCGUGACAACAUCCUCGUCUCCGGCAAUGCCGACUCCACUGUCAAGAUCUGGGACAUCAAGACGGGCCAGUGCCUGCAGACACUGCAGGGUCCCAGCAAGCACCAGAGUGCUGUCACCUGCCUGCAGUUCAGCUCCAAGUUCGUGGUGACCAGCUCUGAUGAUGGGACGGUGAAGCUGUGGGACCUGAAGACAGGGGAGUUCGUGCGAAACCUUGUGGCCCUGGAGAGUGGGGGCUCUGGGGGCGUCGUGUGGCGCAUCCGUGCCUCCAACACAAAGCUGGUGUGUGCUGUGGGCAGCCGCAAUGGGACUGAGGAGACCAAGCUACUGGUGCUGGACUUUGAUGUGGACCUUAAGUGACCCCGGCCAGCCUGGGGGUCCCGCGGGAGGGGUGGCCCCGGCGCAGGCGCUGGCCCCCGCGGGCAGGACAGAGGGAGGGUGGGGCCGGGCCUUAUUUAUAUGUGCGGGAGUGCCCGGCCAGGCCUGCAGGAGCAUGUUUUGUACACGGAAUAUAUCA